CUGUUCACUUCGUUCGCGACCGUCGCGCCGUGCAGAUCGGGAAUCUUUCUUUUCGUGUGUGAGAUAGAGAAAGAGCGAGAGUGAAAUUCGUGACAAGUGAGUGAAGGAAACGUGCGAGAGGUUUUUUCCGGCAAAACUCGUGUAGUGCGGAUUUCGUGCAUGAAAAAGGGGAAAAGUUGGGCGAUUUUUAAGUGAAAAAGUGAAUGAAACUUAACAGUAAAGUGAGCAGUAAACAGUUGCCGGCUUUUGUUGCAGAAAUCGCGCAGUAAAGGUCUCGUUUUUCCUUCGAUUCGCGAAGCAAAACUCGCCGGCGCGAACCCGAUCGGAGGAGGCAAGCAGCAGGUGGCCGGCCGCGCUUGGCCGAUGCUAGAGGAGCGAGAGUCCAGCCAACCUCAACCGCCACACAAUCGUUUAGAAGCAGUUGAAGCGCGACCGCGAUCGGUAGUCGGUUGAAAUCGAAUCCUCCCGUAGUCGAAAAUGGUGUUAAAACAGCGCGGGCCGGUUCUGGAGCUGCACUCGCCAACCGAGGACGUCCUCGUCAGUCCCGGGAGUGAGAGUUUACCGCCGCUGGAGAAUGGCACCGCCGGAGAGGCGUCGGAUGUGGCCAAACCGGAAAAGGUUAAAAUGAAGAAGGAACUGGGGCUGCUAGAGGGAGUGGCCAUCAUUCUGGGGAUCAUCUUCGGAUCGGGAAUCUUCAUCUCGCCGAAGGGUGUGCUGAUGGAAGUGGGUGCCGUUGGAACGUCGCUUGUGAUUUGGGUACUGUGCGGUGUGUUGUCCAUGAUUGGGGCGUUGUGUUAUGCGGAGUUGGGAACGGCGAUACCCAAGUCGGGAGGAGAUUAUGCGUACAUCUACGAGGCUUACGGACCGCUGCCGGCGUUUUUGUACCUGUGGGAUGCGACGGUGAUCUUUGUUCCCAGCACCAACGCCAUCAUGGGUCUCACCUUCGCUAGCUACGUGUUCCAGCCGCUCUUUGCUGCGGGAUGUUCCGUGCCGACGAUCGGCCUGCAGCUGUUCGCGGCUGUGACCAUCUGUGCCCUCACCUACAUCAACGCGUACGACGUCCGGGUGACGACCAAGAUGCAAAACAUUUUCAUGUUCACCAAAAUUGGCGCCCUCGUGCUGGUCAUCAUCGUGGGCGUCGUUUGGAUGCUGCUCGGCGGAACGGAAAACUUUGAAAACGCCUUUGAAAACACGGAAACCGAUCCGGGCAAGCUGUCGGUGGCGUUCUACUCCGGAAUCUUUUCCUACGCUGGAUGGAACUACCUCAACUUCAUGACGGAAGAGCUGAAAGACCCCUACAAGAACCUCCCCCGGGCCAUCUACAUCUCACUGCCGCUGGUCACCGGAAUCUACGUGCUCGCCAACAUGGCAUACGUGGCCGUGCUGACUCCCCAGCAGAUUCUGUCCUCGGAUGCAAUUGCUGUGACCUUCGCCCAGAAAGCGAUGGGCUGGGGCGCCUUCGUGAUGCCCAUCCUGGUGGCCAUCUCCGCCUUCGGCGGCCUCUCCGUCCACAUCAUGACGUCGUCGCGGAUGUGCUUCGUGGGCGCCCGGAACGGCCACAUGCCGGAGAUCCUGUCGCACAUCAACGUGAACCGGUACACGCCGAUGCCGUCGCUGGUGUUUCUGUGCAUCCUGUCCCUGUUCUACCUGUUCAUCAGCGACGUGUACGUGCUCAUCACCUACAGCAGCAUCGUCGAGUCGUUCUUCAUCAUGCUUUCCGUUAGUGCCGUGCUGUACUUCCGGUACACCCGGCCCGACAUCAACCGGCCCAUCAAGGUGCAGCUGUGGAUUCCGGUGGUGUUUGUGAUAAUUUGCGCCUUCCUGAUCGUGGUGCCGUGCUACGUAGCGCCGUACGAGGUCGGCAUGGGCGUGCUGAUUACGCUGGCCGGCAUUCCCGUGUACUGGAUCGGCGUCGCGUGGAAGGACAAGCCGGAAUCGUUCGAGCGGGCGCUGCGCAGCGUGACGCAGUUCUGCCAGAAGAUGCUCAUGACGGCGAAGGAGGAGGUGGACGUUGAAGAGUAAAUGUAGUUUGAGUUGGAUUUUUUUCUAUGGAUGACAAUAUUGUGACGCGGUCACGACAGAGGUCAGGUCAAGCGCAGGCCAAGCGCAACGGAACGCACUGGAAUCCGGUAUGACGAAGCGAAGUUAGGUUAAGCUACAACACUUCACAUCUCAUGAGAUUCUACCCUAAGGACAAGCAUUACGUAAUAUUUUGUGCAAAUUUU